AGUGCAAGUUUACCGUAGUAUCCCUCUAACAGUCCCUUCUUCCCCUAUUACCCUCUCAAUCCCCAAUCGCCGUCGCCGUCGCCGCCGCCGCCGCUGCUUUUGUCGCCGGUAAUUUUAGCCACGGGGCACAUGGGCGAACAGACCCGCGCCCCAAUUGCAACCAUACCCAAAUCCGAAUCCCAAAUCGAAACACCCAAAUCGCAACAACAAUCGGAGCUCCAAUCCCUUUCACGCGAAUCCGACUCCAUCACCCAGAUUUCGUAUCCUCCGCCGACGGAGACGGUGGCGCUCGAGGAUUCCCCUGCCAUAGCCGCCGAGAUCUCCCACCACAAUCCUUGCAAAAUUCCGGUGAGGCCUCCGAAAAUCCGCAAGCUCUCCACGCCGUCCGCGGCGGCGAAUCCGGCCACCGGCCACAACCCGUCCGUCUCUUCUUCCUCUUCCAUAGCCCUGACGACAUCUUCCUCCGCCAUAACUCCCGCCGCCACAAAUUCCGGCAAACACCGCCGGCGUAGCGGCGCCUCCCAAGGUUCUCGACCUCUCCCCCAAAUUAUCAAACCCUUAUCGGCGGACGGAGAGGUCGAAUUAGCGAUCCGCCAUCUCCGCGCCGCCGAUCCACUGCUCUGUCCGCUAAUCGAUUCUCAUCCUCCUCCCCAAUUCGACGCUCACCAUCUCCCAUUCCUAGCCCUAACCAGGAGCAUCCUCUACCAGCAGCUCGCCUUCAAAGCCGGAACUUCCAUCUACACGCGGUUCGUCUCCCUCUGCGGCGGCGAGGCUUCCAUAACCCCCGAUUCCAUCCUCACGCUUUCCUCCCAGCAGCUCAAGCAGAUUGGGGUUUCAGCCCGCAAGGCCAGCUAUCUGUACGAUCUCGCAAACAAAUACAAAUCCGGCAUUUUAUCCGACGAUGCUGUAGUGAAGAUGGACGACAGGUCGUUAUUCACAAUGCUGUCAAUGGUGAAGGGAAUAGGCUCGUGGUCGGUGCACAUGUUCAUGAUCUUCUCCCUGCACAGACCAGAUGUAUUGCCAGUUAGCGAUUUGGGGGUUAGGAAAGGCGUGCAAUUGUUGUACUGUUUGGAGGAGCUGCCGAGGCCGUCGCAAAUGGAGCAUUUGUGUGAGAAAUGGAGGCCUUACAGGUCAGUAGGGGCCUGGUACAUGUGGCGGUUUGUCGAAGGUAAGGGCGGCUCCACCGCCUCCGGAAUGACUCUCGAAGGCAAUGCUAUGCAGCAGCAGAAAGAGCCGCAGCAAGACGAACAUCAGCAUCAGCAUCAGCUGCAAUUUUUGGAACCUGUUAAUGGAAUCAGCAACAUGGGAGCCUGCAUUUGGAACCAGUGACGACGAAUCGAUCCGUUUCCGACUCCAUCGCCGGAUAAAUCUCUGGACAGAAUCGACAUAUUCAUCUGGCAAAUCUGAGCAGCAUAUCUAGACGAAGAAGAAGAUAUCAUCUUGGUCGACAAUAAAUAUAUGAAUAUGUACAUACGCAUAUAUAUUGCAAACUAGUUAUGUGUGUUUUUGUGUGUAUUUAUUUAUAUAUAUAUAUGAUGUGUAUAUCCUUAGGUAUUUGUAGCUGUACGUAUUUGCAUUAUGGCUACUGUUAAGGUGUACCAUCUUUGAUUAAAUCAUAUUUGUCCGAUUUAAUAAAA